UUGGUAUAUAAAAUGCCCACAAUUGAUCAUCUGGAGGUGGAACACCAAAUACAGUGGCUUGACAGGCAAGAAAGCUCAACUCUUCUUCCAUUUCUAGGGUUUUGUGAUUUCGGGGAUUCUAAAAAUGGACCAUCUCAAUCAACCUCAUUCCAUGGGCACCACCAUCAUCGGCGUCACCUACAACGGAGGCGUCGUUCUUGGCGCCGAUUCUCGAACUAGCACCGGAGUUUAUGUUGCGAAUCGAGCAUCCGACAAGAUCACGCAGCUGACUGAUAAUGUCUACUUGUGUCGUUCUGGAUCGGCGGCAGAUUCUCAAAUUUUAUCUGAUUAUGUGCGUUACUAUCUCCAUCAGCACACUAUACAGCUUGGGCAACCUGCCACUGUCAAGGUUGCUGCAAACCUUGUCAGGUUAAUAUCAUACAAUAAUAAGAAUAUGCUACAAACUGGUCUGAUUGUUGGUGGAUGGGACAAGCAUGAGGGAGGUAAAAUAUAUGGAGUGCCUCUUGGAGGGACAAUUUUGGAGCAGCCUUUUGCCAUUGGAGGAUCUGGAUCCAGUUAUCUGUAUGGUUUCUUUGAUCAAGAAUGGAAGGAAGGGAUGACGAAAGAUGAGGCUGAGAAAUUGGUAGUGAAGGCUGUUUCUCUUGCUAUUGCUCGAGAUGGUGCAAGUGGUGGUGUUGUUCGAACUGUCACUAUAAACUCAGAGGGGGUGACGAAAAACUUCUACCCUGGUGACACCCUUCCAUUGUGGCACGAGGAACUGGAGCCCCAGAACUCUCUGCUGGACAUUUUAUCAUCAUCCAGUCCUGAGCCAAUGGUCUCUUGAGGAGAGACUUUUAUUUGGAAUGUUGUGCAUGGAUUGUAUUUCUUAUAGCUGGCAUCUGGAAGUUGUUUGGAAUUAUCAGGAAACUAUCUAUCUGUCUGGAAAAUUUACUUGUUUACAGUUACAUUGAUUUCUGAUUAAAGAAAUUGACUGGAAAGCUCAGCUAUAGUCAUUUGGUAUGUAUUAUCUUCCUUUGGCAACCAA